UCCUCCACGGAGGUGGCACGCAGGAUGCUGAACCAGAGGCGCACUAAGGUGGUGCUGGCCCUGUGCCUGCUGCUGGCCCUGUGGCAAUGUUUCCGAGCCCUCACGGACGGCCUCGGCCCUGUCCCCUGGGCUCCCUCCCUCCUGCACAGCCCCGGUGCCCGCUGCCCCCCCAGAGCCAACAGCUCCGCCUGGUUCCACGAGCGCUACGAGGCAGCCGUAGGGCCCCUGCUGACGGGGGCAGCCCAGGAGCUCUCUGCAGAUGUGCUUCAGUGGUGGCUGACCCUGCAGGGUCCCAUGCAUGGUGUCCAGCUCCAGGCCAUAAUUCGGCAACUCUUCAGCGUCCUCCGAGCCCCGACCGGUGACGUGCGGGACUCCCCUGGCUGCAGGACUUGUGCAGUGGUGGGGAACUCGGGGCUGCUGAAGGGCUCCAGCCACGGGCAGCUAAUUGAUGCUCAUGACUGGGUGCUAAGGAUGAACAGAGCAAAGAUUGCUGGCUUUGAGCUGGAUGUUGGCACGAGAACAACCCAUCACUUCAUGUACCCAGAGAGUGCAGUGAACCUUGGGCCUGGCAUCCACCUUGUCCUUGUCCCCUUCAAGCCCCUGGACCUGCAGUGGGUGACCAGUGCCUUCUCCACUGGAGAGGUCACACGCACGUAUGUGAGAGUUAAACAGUUCAUCAAGGCUGACAGAAACAAGGUGUUGAUCCUGAGCCCAGCAUUCCUCAAGUACAUCCACGACAAGUGGACGCAGCAUCACGGGCGCUACCCCUCCACCGGCUUCACGGUGCUGCUCUUUGCCCUGCACACCUGCCAGCAGGUCUCCGUGUUUGGCUUCGGAGCAGACAGGGAAGGGAACUGGCACCACUACUGGGAGGAAAACCGCUGGGCCGGAGCCUUUCGCAGGACGAGGGUCCACGACGCCGACGUGGAGUUCAGCGUUAUCAAGAGACUGGCAGACGAAGGCAGGAUUUCAUUCUACAGAUGAGGCAAUUCCACGAAACUGAAGCCAGGCCGUUGGGUCAGGAACAGGCAGCCCCUGUAUUGCCAGCAGCUGUCUUGGCUCUUUAGCUUGCUGCUCCACUCCACCCAGCCUGGGCUCGCGGACCCUGCAAUCCCCACGGUCUUGGUGCUACUUGUGCUGCCCCCACCAGCUGGGGACCGUGGGUGCCACUCUCCUGUGGGAUGGUGCAUUUAGCUGGACAUGA